AUGAAGGUGCUCGGAAUUCUCCUUGUCCUUCUUUCAUGGGCUGGCUAUGUCACUGCCAACAACAUGGAGAAGCUGGCGGCAGCUUUGCCCUCAUGCGCUCUGCAAUGCAUUGUGUCGACGCUCCCCCAUUCACACUGCACCAUCACAAACCAAACGUGUAUGUGUACGGAUCCGGUCUAUACCAGCACACUGGAAACAUGUGUGAAAGCAAAUUGUACCAUUCGCGAGUCUUUAGUUACGAAAAAUGUGACUUCAUCGGCUUGUGGGGUGCCGAUUCGAGACCGGACUCGCGCGGUCUCCAUUACCGGGGCUGCUGGAGGCGUUUUGGCCCUCAUUGCUUUUGUUUUGCGCAUGAUCGCGAGGCUGCCAUACUGUGGUGGUCAAUUUGGGAUGGAUGAUUUAGCAAUGAUCGUAACGAUGUCACUGGUCAUUCCUCUUUCUGCCUUGUCGGUUGUCUUGGCCAAUUUGGGUCUGGGAAAAGACAUGUGGACAGUGCCACCAGACAAUAUCACGCAUAUCCUCUAUGAUCUCAAGAUCUACUUCUACGACGAGUUGGUUUAUCUCAGUAUCAUCCCACUGACCAAGAUCUCCAUCUGCCUAUUCUACCUGCGUGUGUUUCCCGCGCGUCCCUUUCGGAUCAUGACUUAUGUCGUAAUCGGACUGAAUGCGGGCUACCUGAUUGUUUUUGUCUUGAUUUCGGUCUUCCAAUGCAGACCCAUCAAGGGAGCCUGGCUGCGCUGGGACGGUGAAGGCUACUACUCGUGCAACAACAUCAAUGCCCAAGGGUGGUCUGCAGCCGCGAUCAACAUGAUUCUGGAUCUGACCGUUAUGGCCCUGCCAUUGCGCGAGCUGUAUCGGCUCAACCUCUCGCUGCGCAAGAAGCUUUUUGUCAUGUCCAUGUUCAGCUUAGGAAUCUUUGUCACUUUGGUCAGUAUCCUCCGACUCAACUCGCUCAUCCAUUUUGCCGCGACCGACAAUGUUACCUGGGACUAUGUCGAAGUCGGAUACUGGAGUACGAUCGAGGUCCAUGUGGGCAUCAUUUGCGCCUGUCUGCCAGCCUUGCGUGCCUUAAUGCGUCGUCUAUGUCCGACCAUGUUUGGAGACACCACUCGUACAGCUUCCAAGCAGAGCGCGACUCGGUCGGGAAGAGCUGCUUCCAGAGCGGAGGGAAAUAUUCUGGGUCGUUCGAGCCUCAAUGCUUGGUCAGACGGAAAGUUUGUGCCGUUGGUGGACUUGGAACAUGCCCCAAAAGACGCCGGUCGUCCAGCAUGA